AUGGUCUUCGUACAGGUGGAACUGAAACAUACUGCACAAGUUCAAGAUUUGAUCGGCUUCUUGGGUCGUCUACCUCAACGAAUGUGUCGUGGGGGUCAUGUAAACUUGUCGCCAAGAGCUUCAGUGGAUCCCAUGCAAGGAGAGUGCCCUACAUUGCCUGAAGCUGCAUCAGAGUAUUCGAUGACACCAGCGCCAUCAUCACCUUUUGUCGACCGAAAGCCCAUUGCCGUGGAGAUUAUUGACGAAGACGAGAACGAUUUGUCUAUCGAUCAUUGUGAUUCUUUCUUCUCUAACGAAGUAGAAGACAAACCAGGAAACUCUGGAGAAUCUCAGAGCAAUGGACAGGCUAUAAACCGGAAAAGGAAAUGGACAAGUGCAAAUGAACUCGCUUUGUUCGGAAGCAUGAAGCAGUUUAAUCUCAACGUUUCCAUCUUGAAAAGGAGACAAGUGCUGGGUCAUACCGCUCAAUGUUCGAUUUGUGAGAAACCAGUUCAAGCAACUCCGAAGGGUGCUUGCACUCCAUUGUGGUACUAA